GGAGGCGGGCAGCUUCUGGCGACCGUGGCGCAGGGGGACCUCGCCGGCCACUGGCUGGUCUCCCGCAAGGGACGGCCCUUCGCCGCCUUCCAGGGCGUGCCCUACGCCAGGCCGCCGCUCGGGCAGCUGCGCUUCCAGAGUCCAAAGGCACCGGAACCCUGGCAGGGCGUCAGGAAUGCGACAACAGAUGCAUCUAUUUGCAUACAGAGAAGCAUUUUCGCGAGACAAGAGAACAUAAGUGGCUCGGAAGAUUGUUUGUACCUCAAUGUAUACAUUCCGGAGAUAGCUGGACACACCAUGAACAACCUGCCUGUUAUGGUGUGGUUCCAUGGCGGCGGCUGGGUGUCCGGUGCAGGCACCAGCCAGUUCUAUGGACCGACCUUCCUCAUGGACCACGACAUCGUCCUGGUCACUGUCAACUACCGGCUAGGUCCACUAGGUUUCAUGAGCACCGGUGACGAAGCGGCGCCGGGUAAUUUCGGCCUGAAAGAUCAGGUGGCAGCCCUGCGGUGGACGAGGGACAACAUCGCAGCGUUUGGCGGCGACCCGGGCAGCGUGACGAUCUUCGGGGAGAGCGCCGGAGGAGCCAGCGUGCACUACCACAUGCUGUCCCCGCUCAGUCGCGGCCUGUUUCACAGAGGGAUCUCCCAGAGCGGCAAUGCGCUGAACAUGUGGACGCUGGCGCCGAACGGCGACUCGAGGCACCAAGCGGAGAAGCUCGCGCGCUUCCUGUCCUGCCCGACUGCACCUUCCGCGGACUUGGUGAGCUGCCUGCGCGAGAAGCCAGCCGCCGACGUGAUUGCGACGGACAGGCAGUUCAUGGAGUGGGACGUGGACCCGCUUAUCCCCUUCAAGCCCGUCAUAGAGCAGCAGGCGGCCGGAGGAGAGGAGGUGUUCCUGCCCGACCACCCUCUGAGUCUGCUGCUGGACCGCCGCGUGUCCAACACCUCUUGGAUCACCGGACUCAACUCCGGCGACGGGGGACUGCGGGCUGCCCCAAUUUAUGCCAGUCAAGAGCUUGUUGCACAGCUGAACAACAAUUUUGACCACGUAGCACCAAUUUCUAUGUUCUAUGGGCAAACAUCUCCAAAAGUAGAUGAAGUGAGCCAAAAAAUAAGAAAAUUCUACUUUGGAAACAACCCGAUCAACAACGAUACCGUAUUCAGUGUUGUUGAUAUGUUCACGGACAGCUGGUUCCUCCACGGCACGAACCAGGCGGUCCGGCUCCAAGCGACGAGGAGCAGCGCCCCCGUCUACUACUACUACUUCGCGUACAGAGGCACCAGGAGCUUCAGCGAGCUCUUCAGUGGCCUCGACACGGACUUCGGCGUCUGCCAUGCAGACGAGCUGCAGUAUCUAUUUCCUUCAAAUCGAGUAUUUCCGGAUUUGGUUCCUUCCGAUGAAGACAACAGAAUUACAGACAUACUUUUGACGAUGUGGACCAACUUUGCACGGACAGGGAAGCCGACAACUGAGAGGCUGAAUGUUUCUUUUGAAUGGAAGCCUGUGACAACAUCUGCUCUGGAAUAUCUGCACAUUGGUUCUGAGAUGUUCAUGUCUACAGAGCUGCUGAAAGAAAGGGCGGAAUUCUGGGCAUCACUGCCCGUCAGUCAACACCACUCCUGGUCAAACUUGGCCAAAGAUGAGCUUUGAUUAUUAAAAACAAUGUUUAUAUAUGGACUAUACACUUUGUAUGAAAUAUUUUACAUGUGUU